ACGUUGAAGGUUCGUUUGAAACACGAAAGCAGUCGACAGCUGGCCAGUGCCAUGAAGAGUUGAGGCUGAGGUUUAUCUAGGAAUUUCUGUGCCUCCAGCACCUAAAGAUUCCUGAGUGUGUGUUACGCCUGCCGGGACGACACAACCCUCACAAUGACGCUGGGGAAGGCGUACCACGUGACGGACGGGGAGCCCCGCCACCGACGUCACCCCGUAGGGUGGUGUGGGGUCAGGUUCCUGGUCAUCAUGUCCGUCAUCUGCUGCACCAUCAUCUACCUCAUCGGCGCCAUCAUCACCGGGAUCACCUACCGCACCUAUGGUCUCUUAGCCAAUUGUACGGACCCGCGAGACUUCACGCCGGUCACCAUGUACGCCUACACCACCCCGCUGGUAGUGGUUGGGCCGUGCUUCAUGUCAGCCGGGGGAUCCAUACUCAUCUUUCUCCUCUUUCAAUGGUGCUUCUGCCGCCCAGGGAUCAACUAGCUGACGCACCUGCCACCGCCACCCGUCACCACCGUCAUCCGUCACCCGUCACCACCGCUGCAGGGGACAGCGCCUCUCCUGGUAUUGUCUGAGGGUGUGCCAUCCAGCAGGCACUGUCUGAGGGUGUGCCAUCCAGCAGGCACUGUCUGAGGGUGUGUCAUCCAGCAGGCACUGUCUGAGGGUGUGCCAUCCAGCAGGCACUGUCUGAGGGUGUGCCAUCCAGCAGGCACUGUCUGAGGGUGUGUCAUCCAGCAGGCACUGUCUGAGGGUGUGCCAUCCAGCAGGCACUGUCUGAGGGUGUGUCAUCCAGCAGGCACUGUCUGAGGGUGUGUCAUCCAGCAGGCACUGUCUGAGGGUGUGUCAUCCAGCAGGCACUGUCUGAGGGUGUGCCAUCCAGCAGGCACUGUCUGAGGGUGUGCCAUCCAGCAGGCACUGUCUGAGGGUGUGUCAUCCAGCAGGCACUGUCUGAGGGUGUGCCAUCCAGCAGGCACUAUCUGAGGGUGUGCCAUCCAGCAGGCACUGUCUGAGGGUGUGUCAUCCAGCAGGCACUGUCUGAGGGUGUGUCAUCCAGCAGGCACUGUCUGAGGGUGUGUCACCCAGGAGGCACUGUCUGAGGGUGUGCCAUCCAGCAGGCACUGUCUGAGGGUGUGUCAUCCAGCAGGCACUGUCUGAGGGUGUGUCAUCCAGCAGGCACUGUCUGAGGGUGUGUCAUCCAGCAGGCACUGUCUGAGGGUGUGUCAUCCAGCAGGCACUGUCUGAGGGUGUGCCAUCCAGCAGGCACUGUCUGAGGGUGUGUCAUCCAGCAGGCACUGUCUGAGGGUGUGUCAUCCAGCAGGCACUGUCUGAGGGUGUGUCAUCCAGCAGGCACUGUCUGAGGGUGUGUCAUCCAGCAGGCACUAUCUGAGGGUGUAUAUUCCAGCAGGCACUAUCUGAGGGUGUGUCAUCCAGCAGGCACUGUCUGAGGGUGUGUCAUCCAGCAGGCACUAUCUGAGGGUGUAUAUUCCAGCAGGCACUGAGGGUGUAUAUUCUAGCAGGCACACUCAGGGCGAGUGCCACCCAGCAGGCACUGUCUGAGCGAGUGGCACCCAGCAGGCACUGAGUGUGUGAUUGGCACCCAGCAGGCACUGAGUGUGUGAGUGGCACCCAGCAGGCACUGAGUGUGUGAGUGGCACCCAGCAGGCACUGAGUGUGUGAGUGCCACCCAGCAGGCACUGUCUGAGCGAGUGGCACCCAGCAGGCACUGAGUGUGUGAGUGCCACCCAGCAGGCACUGAGUGUGUGAGUGGCACCCAGCAGGCACUGAGUGUGUGAGUGGCACCCAGCAGGCACUGAGUGUGUGAGUGCCACCCAGCAGGCACUGUCUGAGCGAGUGGCACCCAGCAGGCACUGAGUGUGUGAUUGGCACCCAGCAGGCACUGAGUGUGUGAGUGGCACCCAGCAGGCACUGAGUGUGUGAGUGCCACCCAGCAGGCACUGUCUGAGCGAGUGGCACCCAGCAGGCACUGAGUGUGUGAGUGGCACCCAGCAGGCACUGAGUGUGUGAGUGGCACCCAGCAGUCUUCACAAGGAAGCCAGCCAAGUUAUCAUCUACCGGCUGCUCCGGCACCAGCCUCUUCUCCAGAUUUGAGAAGCGUCGAAUUUCAAGUGUUAAGCAAGAAACGGAAGAAACGAAGCAACUCACUUAACCUACUGAAGCUGAUGGUCGUAAACCCCCAAGAGCCGUUAAUAUUACCACACUUCCAAUAUCACUAAAACCAAGAUAAUACUUACGCUGAAAUCGGUAACGAAAACAUUGCCUUAAAGCCUUAAGUAUGAGGACAGGUUGCAGGAACGUCCAGCUGGUUGUUUUGAGGUUAGUUCUGUCAUUACUAACCCAUUCUACCCGUAGAAUAGCUAACAUAACAACUGAUCCCUUUAAGAUAUCAAGCACCAAAAUCCUUUACUACUUCUGAUAUUCUGAAGUAUGCCCUUGAAAACUGAAGAACUUCCGCCUCUGAUACCCAGUAAAAGUUAAAUACAGCAAGUUCCAGAAUCGUAUUGGAGUAUUAUAUA